AUGACUAGAUUGUUGGGAAUAAGAAAGUUCUUCACUUAUCCGAAAUUUAUCACUGUUGGUAUAGCAAGCGAUCGGAUGUAUACUGCUGCAGCUUUACACGGCAGAACGAUGAUCUACAUUCUACUUGACCCACCAGAUUACAUCUACGCGUUGGAUGUGAGAAAGGCGCAGUAUCUUGUGGCGGAGAUAGUAGUGAGUGGUGGGAGAUUGUCGAAGACGACAGAAGGUACUACUUAUCUCAACGAAGGAGAGAUACCUGCACACAUCACUCUUAGCUUGAACGAGGCGAUAAAAGCGUUUACAGACGAGAUCGUAAUAACAGCAAGGGAUGUCAACUGUUAUGUAAACAGCUACAUGAAGAAAUAUUUUGGUGACGGGGGUCGCUGGAACGUUCUGCAAGCAGCCAAUGUCAACGAAGAGCAGGCCUAA